AUGAACAACAACAGCAGCGGCGGCGGCGGCGGCGGCGGAAGAGCGCCUAGGGAGAUACACGUCGAAGUGGAAGAAGAGGACUACAUCGAGGAGGAGGAUGAUGACUUGAGCUUCGCUGCGAUGGAAAGCGGCAGCAAGAAGGCAGCCGUGGCGGCUAGAGUAAGGGGUAAGGGAUGCGGAGGCAACUACUACCUCGGAACAAUGCCCGAGUGGUCGAACCUCGUAAAAGCCUUUGGGCCGCUCGACUUUCUGGAUUACACUCUCCGCGGGUGUGGCCAGGUGUACUUCAUGAACAACCCCAUCUCGGGCCUCAUCUUGUUGAUUGGUCUGGUGAUUGAAAAGCCAUUGCUGGCAGUUGGCUGCCUUAUAGCUCAGAUCGGAGUGGACAUUGGAGCCAGGCGCGCAGGAUUGACGGGCUACAACGGCAUCUUGGUGGGUGCUGCGAUUGUGACAUUCAUGAAGGAUGAGUGGGAUAUUCCCACUCUUAUCAUCAUCGUUCCUUAUGCCUGCAUCUCCGUGCUCAUCUGGAUGUUCCUGGGCAACAUCAUGGUCGGCACUUGGAACAUUCCACCCUUCACUUUCGCCUUCAACUUCACCGCUACCAUCUUUUUCAUUGCCUAUUUCCCGUUGGCGAUGUUCACUCCAUCGCUCCCCACCGCGGCCUCGCCCGGUUUCGACUGGGACACCCAAGCAGUGUUCGAGGCCGUGUUCAAGGGCGUCGGUCAAGUGAUGUUCGCCGGCAGCACCGCCAGCGGCGUUAUCAUGACCCUCGCCUUGGCGGCCUGCUCGCCCAUCGCUGCCAUGAUGGCCGUGCUGGGCUCCAGCAUCGGCGUGCUGGUUGGAUUCGCCGUCGGCGCCGACGCCGCUGGCAUUGAAGCCGGACUGUGGGGCUAUAACCCCGUGCUUGGCGCAAUCGCCGUCGGGGGUAUGUUCUACUACCCGACCGUCAAGACACUGGUCAUGACCGUCAUCAACGCCGGCUUCUGUUCGCUCCUCUUUGGCUUUUUCAAAGUGGCCUUGGCCCCUUGGGGCAUACCGGCCUUCACCUUCCCCUUCUGCUUUGCGACCAUGGUGGUCGUGGGCAUCGGAAAGAGCCUGCCUGACUUUGAGCCCAUUCCCUUGCCAGAGGUCACCGUGCCCGAGGAGCACCUGUGCAAGAGGUGGCAGCGAAGUCGAGGCCUCUACAACAUCCUCAACGGCCCGCUCCCGUUCCUCAACUCUGUCGAGAACAUCGGAACCAUCAACUAA